AUGUCUGCCGGAAAAGUCGCAAUCAUUACAGGAGGUGCUUCGGGCAUGGGCCUGGCCACGGCCAUAUCCCUAGCUGCCGCUGGUUGGAAAGUUCAUAUCCUCGACCUCAACAGGUCUGCUGGUGCAGAAGCUACCCGCCAAAACCCGGACCUGAUCUUCACUCAGACUGAUGUGAACUCAUAUAAAUGUUUGUCUUCUGCCUUCGACAGAAUUUUUAUAUCUGAAGGGAGACUCGAUUUUGUCUUUGCUAAUGCCGGCAUUCUCGGGCUCGACAACUUUUAUGACAAGGCGGACUCGCUUCCACCACCGGAGCCACGACAGUUGAGUAUUGAUAUCAAUUUGAAGGCUGUUGUGACUACCUCAUAUCUUGCGAGGCAAUAUUUCCUAGCCUCGGACAAUCCUUGCCAGGAUCCCGUUAUAGUGAUAACCGCCAGUAUUGCGAGCUUUUACGCACAAGAGUUCAAUCCCCUAUACACUGCCUCAAAGGCUGGUGUGCUUGGGUUCAUGCGAUCCGUGGCCUACCCAUUCUUUAAUGACGGGAUUCGAAUACACGCCAUCUGCCCGGGCACUAUUCGCACGAACCUGCUCACAAAUGAGAUGAUGAAGUCUUUUCCGGAUGAACAUCUGACCUCAGUGGAAGCUGUGGUAUCAACUGUUGAAUGUCUGAUCAAAGGCGGGAGCUUUACAGACUCGACGGGGAAACAUGUAUCCGGAGCUGACAACUAUGGAUUGGCUGUUGAGAUUUUUGGCCCGAGUAUCUUUUUCAGGGACCAGAUAGAGUAUAGUAGCAACGGGUUAAGGGAGCUAUGUGAAGCUGCAAGCUUGAAAAAUCAAAAGGCUAAUUUAGCUAGUAAGGUUUAA